AUGGACACCUCACUCCUCUCCCGCCUCCCGGACGAGCUGCUGGAAGCGAUCAUCUACUUCCUCCCGCCAGACGAUACAGUGGCGUUUGGCUCUACAUGCACGCGUGGCAACAAGAUCACCCACGAGCCAUUGGUAUGGCGGGCGCACUGCAUUCACGAAUACCGCUACUGGGAGCCGCGUCACGAGAUCAAGGACAAGCUCGCCCGACCACCGGUGCAAACGAAGUGGCAACGACUGUUCACGGAACGGAGAAAGCGGGAUAAGGAUGCUCUGGACCUGUUUGAAGCGCUACUCCAGUCGCAGCAGCACCGCGUGCAGCGGAUGGAGCAGGUCGCGAAGGGUGGUUACGAUGUCAAAGACCUGCUCCUGCGGCAGCGUGACGAGACGCCGGAUGAUGCGGACGAUGUAUUGGCGAGACGGUAUCAUGCCAAUGCGAUUCUGGGCCAGAUACAUCGAACCACGGCGUUGGAGAAGUGGAUGAGGCUGCAGAAGAGUCAGAUGGUGAGGCUCGAGGAGGUGCUGGGUGCGUACGACCUCUUCGUGUUGGCUGGUAAGAAGGGUGAUUUGAACGACAUCGAUCAAGAACUUGACCGUAUUGCUGCCAACAUCAAAUCGCGAGAUCCAGACUUCGACUCAUUAAGCACGCGGAAGAAGGCGAUUCAGACCGCGCGAUUCCUGCGGUCGGAAGAUCUGGUCGGCAACACGAGUCGAGACGACUACCACGCCCUCCGCAACAACUUCAUCAGCAUCGCCCUCUUCGACCCCCCGCACACCUCCCUUCCCCUCCAAUCCGUGGCCAUCUACUGCGCCGUAGCGCGACGCCUCGGCAUCAACGCAAAACCCUCUAACUACCCCCACCACGUCCACGCCGUCAUUGAAGCCACCCCCGGAACCUCCCUCGACGGCGCCCCUCGCCCCAGUACACCUCGUGAACUCGACCCCGAGGACCCAGCAGACGUCAUGCACAUCGACCCCUGGCGCUCGAGCGAGGAAGUGCCCCGCGAACACCUCGCCAUCCGCCUCUCCCAAAUGGGCGCGCCCCCAGCCCAACACCCUUUCCACCUCAGCGCCACAUCCACUCUCGAAAUGGCCCUACGUACGGGUCGCAACAUCAUGAACUCCGUGGAAGAAGCGCGCGACCGCCAACGCGGCACCACCAAACGCCUCGCCUACCCGGACGUCGAAAGCGCGUGGUACGCGAUGUUGUGGUCCAUGAUGGUGCUCGGCGAUACCUCCUCGGCCAACACCCUCCACCGUCGUCGCCAGGUCCUGCCCCAUCUGAUCAAACACUACCAAGCCCACUGCCCGGAAGACUUGUUCUUGAUCGAGAACACCAUCGUGCCCAUGUUCGAAGGCGAACGCGAGCAUCACGUGCUGAUGCACCUCAUCACCGCCGCCCGCACAGCGGACGCCAACAAACCCGCCCCUUCCUACCGACCCAGCCGAGCGGAUCUCCGCUCCUACUGGAUCCCCGGCGACCCGGGCGUGAGUCACAAAAUCGGCACGUACUUCCAACACAGACGGUACGGGUACGAGGGGAUGAUAGUAGGGUGGGACACGAAAUGUGCGGCCGAACCGCGGUGGAUCGAGCAAAUGCGGGUCGACGAGCUGCCGAGGGGGAGGGAGCAGCCGUUUUACAACGUUGUUGCCGAUGAUAAGACGGUGCGGUAUGUGGCCGAGGAGAACAUCCGCCCGAUGACGGAGAUGCCGAAGGAGGGGUUGCUGGCGUUGGCGGGGCGGUGGUUCAAGAGGUGGGAUGGCGGGGAGGGGAGGUUUGUGAGUAAUUUGAGGGAGGAGUAUCCGGAUGAUUGA